AUGGUCUCUCCUCUCUGGAAGGCAUGCUCGGAGGGCGACCUCGACGGAGUUUUGGCCUUGCUCAAUGACGCUUCGCCCAUCGACAUCGAAAUAAAAGAUCACACGGGUUCUACCCCACUCAUCGAGGCAGUAAAGAAUGGUCAUAUCGAGGUCGUCAGAGCCUUGUUAAAUAAGGGAGCUGACCCUUCAAAUGCCUCCAGCCAAGGCCCGCCUGAGCAAUUCACGUCAGAUCCUGCAAUUCUCGACCUUCUCAAAUCUGCCCAAACAAAAUUACAGGCCAACAAGGAUGGCUACAACGAAAACGGCUACCCUCAAAAUCCUCCUACGAGCGACUAUCCUGCUGCUGCUCCCCCGCCUCCCGGGCCUUACCCUUAUUACCCAACCAUUAACCCAUCAUUGUCGACGAUGGGAGACCCGGCCGUCUUCUAUCCUCCUCCGCCUCCGGGCGAAAAUGGCGCUGCACCCAAUGGAAUUGGCCACUUGCCGCCUCCCGAGGUCGCUCGCAUGAUUCCAUGCAGAUAUUUCCCAGCUUGCCGCUACGGUCCACAGUGUAUGUUUGCCCACCCAACGGGCCCAUAUUAUCAGGGUCCUCCUCCUCCGGGCUAUCCUCCAUUUGACCCCGCCCUAGGGCCAAAUCCUUACGGCUACUAUCCUCCUCUUCCUCCCCCGCCACCUCAGUUCCAACAGCCUAAUGGUGCACUUUCUCCCCCGCCUCAGGGUGCGCACCAUCCUCGAUCACCCUCGGAAAUCGUCUCGCCAUCGCAAGGACAUUUCCCUAAUGGUGCUCCACCGCCCGCACCUUAUACCCCGAUGUCACCAAAUGGUUAUCCCCAUCCUCCCGUUCCCAUGUCAGGUCCUCCGAUUCCGCCCUUGCAUCACCAACCCCCGCAACCUGGUCCAGGUCCUCAGUCGCCUGGCACGAUCUAUCACAACGUCCACCCUAUCCCACCUUACCCAGGUGCUGACCCAUCUGGGCAGUAUCUACCACCUCCUGCAGGUGCCGGAUACCCAGAGCAAGACAAUGCUCCCAAACCCACCGGACAGCAAGAAGGAUACCCCUCCCACCCGACUCAUCGGGAUGUCAAUGGACCUCGCCGCGGAGGCUUCGGUCGUAGGGCUUCUUUGGUUGGCAAAAAGCCAGCAUGUCUUUUCUUCCCUGCUGGAAGAUGCAAAAAUGGUGAUGAUUGCAGGUUCCCUCAUGUGUUGGAUACUAACGCUGGACCUAAUCAUGUCACGCCCCCUUAUUAUGGACCAGGGCCAAGAGGAGGCGCUCCUCGACCUCACAGAGGCCACCACCAUAGUGGACCCAGUUUGGGUGCCAUCGAACACAAGAUGGGUAACAUGACCAUCCGAGAUGACGCCCAGCGCCCCAAUGGUGCCAACGAUCUCUCGAAACCCAAAUUCCCCCAAGGUCCCAAACAUCAGCCCAACGGUUUGCCUAAUGGCAACAAGCGACCGGGUCCCGCACCAAGACCCCAAAGGGUCCCAAGUGCUGACGAUUUCCCCGUUCUCCCUGGAUCUGUCACGCCCCCUCGCGUGAACGGCAACAACCACUCAGGCCCGACUGCUGCCCAGGUUCUGAGAGCCCCCGCACCUGUUCGUAGCAAACCGGCCAGCGAGGACGGUGCUGCUGAGACUCGCGGACCUUCGCCAGAUGCCGUCAGGACCCGUAGCCCAGAGGCAACUAAUGAGCCUGCAAAAGUGGCCCCUGCUCCUGCAACUGCCGUAGUAGAACAGCCUCAGCAAGCUACUCAACCGGCACCUGCUGCCCCAGCUCCUGCCGCUGGUCAAAAGUUGCCUGUCUCAUUCGCGGCUGCUGCGGCCGCUGCCUCCUCUGCUCCUGCUGACGCGGCUCCGAGGGUUGCUAUUUCCGCCUAA